AGUCUAGAUCAUUUAGUCACUGUAAUCACUCAUUUCCGGUUUUAUUUUGUCACCACUUCCUGUCGCAGUCAUUGGUAGUUUCAGCCAGCCUUGCUCCCGGUUCUAAUCUACUCACCUGUCUGUCAUUUAGUCAUCACCAUUUAGUACUUAAGCACCACCUCUCACCCCAGCCCCUUGCCAGAUUGUUUGUUCAUUCACCCGUUCAACUUUCCAGCAUUCUUACCUUUACCUUGCCGUGAUUUUUGAUCCUGUUUUGUUCCUGACCACGUCUCCAGCCCAGCCUGUGAUAAUCCCGUCUGCCUGUGUGAGUUUGACCAUUGCCUGUUUUUGACAUCCGCUUGCCUUAUCCUCGUCUGUGCUGCUACCGAUGAUCUACCUGUGUACCGACCCUUGCCUGCCUGACCACGAGCUCGAAUAAACCCUGUUGUUAACUGAGCCUUGUCUCCGCUGUGCGUGUGGGUCCGCUACCUUGAGUCCGUGACAGUACAAUCUGGCCACACUCGGACCCAGCCGGCGUCUUGCAUCGGUUUAAGGACCGCAAGGGAUUUUGUUUUGUGUACUCGGACGGCGCAAAGUCGUGAUGGUGUUUUCCUGCUCGAGGCUGCCGGAGGACCUCCGCUGGUGCUUCGGGGAGCUCGCAAGGAAUUACGCGGAAGCCCCCAGUCUGAAGGCGCGGCUCCGCGUAAUAAAAAAGGCGAUCGCUAUCCUGGAGGAGGAAUUUUGGUGGCUUGACUACCCGGAAGUGCAGACGCUUUUUGAGAGGCUCCAGGCAGUACGGAGGGAUUUGGCACGCGCUCUGCGCGCGGCGCCCGCCGGCGUCUCAUCAGCUGUUCCUGCUGCACCGGAAAGCGCUCCCGUCGUCGCUCAGUCAAGCCCAGCUCACGUUCCUGUCAUCGUUCAGUCAAGCCAAGCUCACGUUCCUGUCGCUGCUCAGUCGAACCAAGCUCACGUUCCUGUCACUACUCAGUCAAGCCAAGCUCACGUUCCGGUCACUACUCAGUCAAGCCAAGCUCACGUUCCGGUCACUACUCAGUCAAGCCAAGCUCACGUUCCGGUCACUACUCAGUCAAGCCAAGCUCACGUUCCUGUCGCUGAUCAGUCAAGCCAAGCUCACGUUCCUGUCGCUGCUCCGUCGAGGCAAGCUCACGUUCCCGUCGUCGUCCAGUCCAGCCAAGCUCACGUUCCUGUCGCGGCUCAGUCGAGUCAAGCUCGCUCCCCUCCAGAUCCAGUCCGUACCGUGGUCCCAGCCUCUGCUUCAGCCCUGGCAGUUGAGAAGCCCACAGCUAGUCGUCGGAGGUCCAGACGGCGUCGACGACAGCCGGUUUCCCCUGUCCAGGCUCCAGAAGACUCGGUCACGGAAAUCAGACUGCCUCCUUCGCCAGCAGAGGGCACUCUCGCCCCAUCAUACGACAUGCCCAUCUCCAUCGCAGGCAUCCCAGACAGUAUCUUCCUGCGGAUCCGUGCCCAAUGCCCCCCUCCGGUCCUGUUCCUGUUUGCACACUGGCUGAACUCCGCUGAGGCAGAGACCGACCCGGUAAGCAAGGAGCGUCACUUCCGUGAAGCCGCCCUGCUCAUCGCCCGGAAGCCUGCGCUGCGCGAGGCCCUGGGUUUCAUUGAACCCCCGUCAGAGCCUGCACCCGUUCCUGCAUCAGAGCCUGCACUCGUUCCUGCAUCAGAGCCUGCACCCGUUCCUGCAUCAGAGCCUGCACCCGUUCCUGCAUCAGAGCCUGCACCCGUUCCUGCAUCAGAGCCUGCACCCGUUCCUGCAUCAGGGCCUGCAUCACUGGCCCCAGCGUCUCCUGCGUCUCUGGCUGCAGCAACUCCCGCCCUAGCCUCACCUCAGUCAUGCCAAGCGCCCGCCUCAGCUCAGCCCGCAGCCGCUCAAGCCUCAGCUCAGCCCGCAGCCGCUCAAGCCUCAGCUCAGCCCGCAGCCGCUCAAGCCUCAGCUCAGCCCGCAGCCGCUCAAGCCUCAGCUCAGCCCGCAGCCGCUCAAGCCUCAGCUCAGCCCGCAGCCGCUCAAGCCUCAGCUCAGCCCGCAGCCGCUCAAGCCCCAGCUCAGCCCGCAGCCGCUCAAGCCCCAGCUCAGCCCGCAGCCGCUCAAGCCCCAGCUCAGCCCGCAGCCGCUCAAGCCCCAGCUCAGCCCGCAGCAGCUCAAGCCCCAGCUCCGCCCGCAGCAGCUCAAGCCCCAGCUCCGCCCGCAGCAGCUCAAGCCCCAGCUCAGCUACGUCAGGCUCAAGCCCCAGCUCAGCUACGUCAGGCUCAAGCCCCAGCUCAGCUACGUCAGGCUCAAGCCCCAGCUCCAGCUCAAGUUCAGGCCUCGGCCCCGCCACGCCAAGCUCAAGCUCCAUCCUUACGCCAGCUAGCGGACACCCCUGGCCAGUCACAUCAGGCCUUAGUUCCUGUUCCUGUCGGCCAUAUUGAGGCCGCUCCCGUUCCUGUCGGCCAUAUUGAGGCCGCUCCCGUUCCUGUCGGCCAUAUUGAGGCCGUUCUAGCCCCAGUUCCUGUCGGCUCCUCAGAGGAGGACGCCGUUCUAGUUCCUGUCGGCCAAGUAGAGGUCGUUCUAGUCCCAGUUCCUGUCGGCUCCUCAGAGGAGGACGCCGUUCUAGUUCCUGUCGGCCAAGUAGAGGUCGUUCUAGUCCCAGUUCCUGUCGGCUCCUCGGAGGAGGACGCCGUUCUAGUUCCUGUCGGCCAAGUAGAGGUCGUUCUAGUCCCAGUUCCUGUCGGCUCCUCGGAGGAGGACGCCGUUCUAGUUCCUGCCACUGUCGGCCCCUCGGAGGUCGCAGCCCCCUACGAUCCCCAGGAGGGGGUCGUCCCGGCCGCAGCGUCUGUUGCAGCCCCUGCCGACCUCCCGGAGGAGGUCGGUCCAGCUCCGUCUCCUGCCGACCUCCCGGAGGAGGUGGUCGGUCCGCUCCUGGUUCAUGUGUUUUUUGAGCCAAUGUGUGCAGGUGCUGCCCCUGGAGGUCCGGUCCCGGGCACGCUCGCCUCAGCUCCUGGUGGUCCGGCCCCGGACACGCUCGCCUCAGCUCCUGGUGGUCCGGCCCCGGACACGCUCGCCUCAGCUCCUGGUGGUCCGGCCCCGGACACGCUCGCCUCAGCUCCUGGUGGUCCGGCCCCGGACACGCUCGCCUCAGCUCCUGGUGGUCCGGCCCCGGACACGCUCGCCUCAGCUCCUGGUGGUCCGGCCCCGGACACGCUCGCCUCAGCUCCUGGUGGUCCGGCCCCGGACACGUUCGCCUCUGCUCCUGGUGGUCCGGUCCCGGACACGUUCGCCUCUGCUCCUGGUGGUCCGGUCCCGGACACGUUCGCCUCUGCGCCUGGAGGUCCGGUGCCGGCCACGUCUGUCUCCGCUCCUGGAGGCCCGGUGCCGGCUACGUCUGCAUCGGUUCCUGGUGGCCCGGCUCCGGCCCCGUCUCCACGUCUGUCUUCGCCUCUGGUUCCUGCCUCGUCUCCACGUCUGUCUUCGCCUCUGGUUCCUGCCUCGUCUCCACGUCUGUCUUCGCCUCUGGUUCCUGCCUCGUCUCCACGUCUGUCUUCGCCUCUGGUUCCUGCCUCGUCUCCACGUCUGUCUUCGCCUCUGGUCCCAGCCUCGUCUCCACGUCCGUCUUCGCCUCUGGUCCCAGCCUCGUCUCCACGUCUGCCCCUGGUUCCGGCUUUGUCUCCACGCCUGUCUUCGUUGCUGUUCCCGGCUUCCCGCCAGCUUUCGCCUCGCCUGCCCGACGGAGGGCCAGGUCCUUGGCGAAUCCUGUGGCAGGGAUGGCGCUGCCUCCUGCGUCGUCGGCCACCUCGGCUGGCCGGUUCCGGAGGCGACCACCUACCUGGAGGUCGCUGUUUCCGGCUUCGACGAUGGCGCGGGCUCUGGCACUGCCGACCGCCGCGUCUUCUCAGUCCCCUGGAGCACCCCCGGUCUGGAGAGCACCGGCGCAUGCGUUUGGCCACUGGAGGCAGCAUGUUUCGACGCCGGCCUCCUAGAACUCUAGCCUUGUCUCCGGGCAUAAGAUGUGCCGUCUCGGCCUGGCGGCUGCACGGCCGUGACUCUCCUCGUCACCACCCCCCUUGAGGAGGGUUCUGGACUUUGUAUUUCCUGUCAUGGACUCAUUAUUCAUGGACUCACCUCAUGGACUUUGUUCUGUUUUCCCUGCCACUCAGUUCUUGUGUUUGUUCUAGCCCGUCACCCAUCAUGUUUAUCUGUGUUUUUGCCUCUUUUUGGUUUUCUGUGGGACGUCUGGGAAUCCGCCCUUGACGGGGGGGUUCUGUCACAGUCUAGAUCAUUUAGUCACUGUAAUCACUCAUUUCCGGUUUUAUUUUGUCACCACUUCCUGUCGCAGUCAUUGGUAGUUUCAGCCAGCCUUGCUCCCGGUUCUAAUCUACUCACCUGUCUGUCAUUUAGUCAUCACCAUUUAGUACUUAAGCACCACCUCUCACCCCAGCCCCUUGCCAGAUUGUUUGUUCAUUCACCCGUUCAACUUUCCAGCAUUCUUACCUUUACCUUGCCGUGAUUUUUGAUCCUGUUUUGUUCCUGACCACGUCUCCAGCCCAGCCUGUGAUAAUCCCGUCUGCCUGUGUGAGUUUGACCAUUGCCUGUUUUUGACAUCCGCUUGCCUUAUCCUCGUCUGUGCUGCUACCGAUGAUCUACCUGUGUACCGACCCUUGCCUGCCUGACCACGAGCUCGAAUAAACCCUGUUGUUAACUGAGCCUUGUCUCCGCUGUGCGUGUGGGUCCGCUACCUUGAGUCCGUGACACA